UGAAGCUGAAGCUGAGUCCAUGUCAGGUGUAGUUGCUACUGACGCCACUGAAGCCACAAUGCUGGAAACUCUAGCCACGGGCAUUGAGCAGGGACUGAAUGAAGUUAUGAGCGAACUGAAUGAGCAAGUCAUGGUGGCAGCUACAGAGGUGAAUAAUGUGGAGGAGCCAGCUGCAGCAGCGAAUGAGCCAGAGCCAGAGCAAGUUACCGAGCAGCCAGUGGAGAUUGUGGACCCAGUGGAGCCCGUGGUGGAUUCCACUGAAAAUGAGACUGAGCGCGCAAUAGAGGAGCAGACCAUGGAAAAGGUGGAGCCAGUUGAGCCUGUAGCUGUAGCUGAAGCUGAGCCUGAACCCAUUGCCAUUGAAACAAUGGAAAAGGUGGAGCAAGAGGAGCCAGCUGAACCCAUUGUGACCGUGGAACAGCUGCCCAUGGAACCCAAACCCGUUGAGCAAAGCAUGCUCACCACCAUUAUACCUGCUGUGGAGCCGGUGCAAGUGCUGGACAGCGUGCUGAACUAUGUGAACGCCUCGUUUAUGCCCGCCGAGCAGGACUUGCCCAAGGUGGAGCCCGAGGUGGAGCUGGAGACUUCGCAGCUGCGUCGCUAUGACGGCGCCCAGCUAUGGCGCAUUGUGGUGCAAACAGACAAGGACAAGAAGCUGGCCGAUGAACUGCAGUCCAAGUACGAUGGGCAACUGUGGAAGGAGGUCAAGCAGGAGGUGGAUUAUCUGCUGAAGCCGCAAGUGCUGGCGGCCGCUGAGCGCCACAUACGCUCCGCUAAUCUCUCACGCAUUGUGCUUAUCGAUAACUUGCAGCAAGUCAUCGAAGUGGAAAAUCCGCCAGCAGAGAAAAUUGCCGAACUGCAGAAUCGCAAGGGUCAUCGCCUCACCUGGCAGGCCUAUCAUCGUCUGGAGGACAUACACGGCUUCAUUGACUACAUGGCCAAGACCUAUCCGGAUAUUUGCACGGCGGAAACAAUUGGCUACUCGGUGGAGAAGCGACCACUCAAGAUACUCAAAAUAUCGAAUGGCAACCCUAAUAAUCCCGGAAUUUGGAUGGAUGGCGGCAUGCAUGCUCGCGAAUGGAUUAGUCCGGCCACCGUAACAUAUGUAGCCAAUCAGCUGGUGGAAGGCUGGGAGGAUCUGCCCGAGCAUAUGCGCAAUAUCAACUGGUACAUCCAUCCGGUGGCCAAUCCCGAUGGCUACGAAUAUUCCCACACCACGGAUCGCCUGUGGCGCAAGAACAUGCGUGCCCAUGGCCGGCAGUGUCCGGGUGUGGACCUGAACCGUAACUUUGGCUACAAGUGGGGCGGCAAGGGCACCUCGGCCAGUCCCUGCUCGCAGACCUAUCGCGGCAGCAAGGCGUUCUCCGAGCCAGAGACUUUCUACAUUUCCAAAUUCAUCAGCGGCUUUCCACGCGACACCUUCCAGGCGUAUCUAUCGUUCCACAGCUAUGGCCAGUACAUUCUCUACCCCUGGGGCUAUGACUAUCAGCUAACCAAGGAUCGUGCUGACCUGGAUCGCGUGGCACGCCAAGCGGGAUCGAUUAUCACCAAGUCCUCGGGAGUCAAGUACACCGUUGGCUCUGCCGCCACCACACUCUAUCCCGCUGCCGGUGGCUCCGAUGAUUGGGCCAAGGGCAUUGCGGGCAUCAAGUAUGCCUACACCAUUGAAAUGGGCGAUACGGGUCGCUACGGAUUCGUGCUGCCCGCCCAGUUCAUCCAGUACAAUGGCAAGGAUGGUUACACCUUUGCCGACACCGUGGCCCGCGCCAUUGCCCAGGGGCACAACACGGAGGCACGCAGCAAGAGCAAUCGUCGUCGCCUGCGCUAAUUGCUCCAAGCCACAGCCACAACUCAACUUAGUUUAGC